AUGCUACGAAAUCGAACAGACUGGAUGUUCGCGAUAGCGGUUGCACUGGUGGCGGUCAGUGCGUACGGCACCAGCGCAUCACCCGUCUCGACCACCCCACAGGCUGAGCUUUACCUCUCACAGUUUGGCUACCUCAGUCCAAAGUACCGAAACCCGACGAGCGGGAACCUGCUAGAUCAGGACACCUGGGAGAAGGCCAUCAUGGAGUUCCAGAGCUUCGCGGGACUGAACGUGACCGGCGAGCUGGACGGGGAAACGAUGGAGCUGAUGUCACUGCCACGGUGCGGCGUGAAGGAUAAGGUCGGCUUCGGCUCGGACACCCGGUCGAAGCGGUACGCACUGCAGGGAAGCCGCUGGAAGGUGAAGGACCUGACCUACCGGAUAUCCAAGUACCCGCGCCGGCUGGACCGGCUGGCCGUGGACAAGGAGAUCGCGAAGGCGUUCAGUGUCUGGAGUGAGUAUACCGAUCUGCGCUUCACGCCGCGGAAGACCGGUGCGGUGCACAUCGACAUCCGGUUCGAGGAGAACGAGCACGGUGAUGGGGAUCCGUUCGAUGGACCGGGCGGUACCCUGGCCCACGCCUACUUCCCGGUGUACGGUGGCGAUGCCCACUUUGACGACGCGGAACAGUGGACGAUCGAUAAACCGCGAGGCACGAACCUGUUCCAGGUGGCGGCGCACGAGUUCGGACACUCGCUUGGCUUGAGCCACUCCGAUGUGCGGUCGGCCCUGAUGGCACCGUUCUACCGAGGGUACGAUCCCGUCUUCCGGUUGGACUCUGACGACAUACAGGGAAUACAAGCACUGUACGGACCGAAGACACGCAACGGAGGAAAUGGUGGUGCUGGUACCGGUGGCGGUACCUUCACGCCAACUCGCUCACCGAAACCCAAAACCCCAACCGAGCUUGACUCGGAGCUGUGCACGUCCCCGAAAAUCGAUGCCGUCUUCAACACUGCCGACGGUAGCACGUACGCCUUCAAGGGCGAUAAGUACUACAAGCUGACGGAGAAUGCCGUCGCCGAGGGCUACCCGAAGAAAAUCUCCGAAGGAUGGCCAGGACUGCCAGGAAACAUUGAUGCUGCCUUCACGUACAAAAAUGGCAAGACGUACUUCUUCCAGGGGACCAAGUACUGGCGGUACCAGGGCCGCCAGGUGGACGGCGAAUACCCGAAGGAAAUCAGCGAGGGUUUCACCGGCGUGCCGGACCAUCUCGAUGCCGCGAUGGUGUGGGGUGGCAACGGCAAGAUCUACUUCUACAAGGGCAGCAAAUUCUGGCGCUUCGAUCCGCUGAAGCGGCCACCGGUCAAGUCGACCUACCCGAAGCCAAUCUCGAACUGGGAGGGCGUACCGAACAACAUCGAUGCCGCCCUGCAGUACACCAACGGGUACACCUACUUCUUCAAGGAUGACAAGUACUAUCGGUUUAACGAUAGAACGUUCACGGUCGAUCAGUCCGAUCCAUCGUUCCCACGUCCGACGGCUCACUGGUGGUACGGCUGUAAGAACACACCGUCGACCUUCAACACGCUAGGUAAUGUACGAUUGCAAAAAUCCGACGAACAUCCCGACGAUAUCACCAAUUUGAUUCUGGAUGCCGCGGGCACCGAUGAACGGCCGGAACCGGAUGACUACAGCGGUAGCGGAGCUUCUACGAUCGCCGGCGUUAGUCUCAGUAUUACUCUCUUGAUCACCGUCCUUGGAGCGUUCCUCGCCAACCGUUGCUAAUAACUGCGCCAGCGUAUCGUCCUGGCUGGAACGAAAGAACUACCCAGUGUAGAUAGAAAUACUCCGGAAGGGUGGUAAUGAUUCUUAUGCUUCUUGAUCGACGACCCACGCAACGGUGUACGGUUCUGAGUGAGAAGGCGCCGGCGGAAAGCAUGAUCGCACGGGCGGAAUACAAUCAAACCAAGGGCGAGUGUCGGUGUCAAACAACGCGAAGGAAUUGAUCUCAACGGUGAGCAGCAAUCAAACGGUGCAGAUAUUGGGCAACAUUAUGGAAAGGUAGUCAAUUUUAUCCAAAUUCGUGAAACCUGGAAAGGAUGCGCAUAUCCUAGAUCAACGUUGAGUCAAAAGAUUUCGAAAACGAGAAGAGCAUUAGUGGAUAGGGGAUCGUGAUCGCGAAGGAGAGCACGUGUUUACUGGUGUGUUGCGAGUUUCUGCGCAACUUACGACCAGUAGGUUCAAGUCAUAAUUCAAGCGGACAGGUUCAACCGACAGCAACUUAUUGGGUGCCUUAAGGGAAGAAAAAUCAAAAGUCAAAAACAAAACCAACUGUGCUAGAAAAUCAACUUCUUAUUAUCUGUACAUAUCAGACGAGUGAGGUAAGGGAGCGAUAGGAUAGGAUAGGACCCGGAUGUGGUCGGAAGUCAAGUGGCAGUUUAUUAUUGGUUGUUGAUAGUAAGUGAAAUGUAGUUAAAGUGCUGACCCGAAACCCGAUCCUGUCGGUGAUGAAGGACAGAAGAUAAAAAAAACAACACACACACACACACUGUAACCCAAUUUACAAGGUACACGUAAUGUUAACAUAAGGUACUGUAAAUGUAAUGUUGCCUUUUUGCAGGUGAAACCAUAAACCAAGCAAUCGUUAAACACAGCCUUCCCGUCUUCAAGGAACAUAUUCGGAGGAAGUGAGAAGUAUCCGUUAGAAAAGAAUUAAUAAAGAAAGAGCCAGGGAGAGAGAAAGAGGAGCAAAGGGGGACAGUUUCGAAGGUACGGUGCGGCCUGCCGUGCCAGCAUUUUGUAUAUAUUUAUUAUUAUAUCGGCUGCGAAACCCAAGGGUGCAGAUUUUAAUUCAAACAAAACGAAUAAAACGAGAGGAAAUAAACUGACUGUUUUAACCUGAA